UUAACUCGUCGCCCUCGACGCAGCCGCGCGACCCGAACUCCACGAAAUUGCUCUCGUCGCGAAGUCGCCCUUGAUCACGGUGGUGAUGAUACCAAUGGACGGCGCAGCAGACCGUACCACGCGAGUCGUUACGUGCGAAAUGCUCGUCGUUCCUCUUCACGCGACGAGUACCGGCCGUGAGAAAUCGGCGCGCGUUCAACGAACGUCCCGCGGCGAAUUGUCGAGACGAUCCCGAGAUGAAACGUAGAAAUCUACUUGGUUACUCGAUCCCCUUCUCCUCUCCCGUCCUUCGGACCGGAAGUUGCCCGUCUCCGCCUCGACUUGACUCGCGCGGUGCGCGUGAUUUCCACGGGCGGAAAUCGAAUCGAACGGAGGAGACCCGAUCGCGAGAAAAAUCGGGAAUGAUGUGAUUAAAGGAUCGCGUGUCGAGUUUCUUUUUCGUCGAUUUUCGUAAUCGCGAAAUAAAGAAAAAGAGAUAGAGGAAAAGAAAGGAAGAAAAGAAGUCGGUCGCGCCGGGUGGGCAGAUCUUUCCGCUGCGCUCACGGACGGGAGUACAAAGGGUCUAUUGUCACACGGCCGGUGCGCCAGAUCGUUUUGGGCAACUGUCAGUUUCUCGAGGGUCUCGGGUGCAGGUAGAUAUUUUCGUGCGUUUUUUUUUUUAAAUGUGAUUCCACGGGACGGUCGACACUUGUAUAUUUAAGGACAUUUGUGAUACGCGGAUUCAGAAUGGCUCAGCGUCCUCAGAACUAUGGGUCUACGGAUCAACGGGUGGAUGUACCUGAAAUAGGAUUUAGUCCUACUGAACUUUAUAGUCUCAGUGAAAAUAUUACCACUAACAUAUAUACAAUUAACACAAGUUGGAAGACUUUGGAAAGAUCUUAUAAGAACAUUGGUACCAGCAAGGAUAAUCAAGGUCUACGAGAUAAAGUACAUGUGACACAAUUAAGCACUAAUCAAGUGGUCACACAGACAAGCAAGGAUAUAGCGAGACUGACAGUGUUGAUGAGGCGUGGAGAUAAGCAGCAAAAAUUACAAAUAGAAAAACUCACGACAGACUUUAAAGAUGCAUUACAAAGAUAUUCCGAUAUGCAAAAGUCAAUUGCUGAGAAGAUGAAGAGACAUAUUUUAGCUAUGACUAAUAUAGAAAAUUCAAUGGAUGGGGAAGAUGCUGAAGAGACACAGCACCUACUUUUAGCACAGGAACAAGAGCAUAAGGCCACACAAAGGACACUCGAAUUUCAACACGGGCUACUCUUGGAGAGAGAGGAUAGGAUAAAACGUAUCGAAGGUGAUAUUUUGGAUGUGAAUCAAAUUAUGCGUGAACUUGCAGCGCUGGUAUAUCAGCAAGGUGAUACUAUUGAUACAAUUGAUAACCAUAUAGAGAAUAUACACGGUAAUGUCGAGCUUGGAGCGCAGGAACUGGAGAAAGGAAGUAAUUACCAAAGUAAAUUUCGUCGGAAAAUUUAUAUCUUGUUGUUACUUGCGUUUAUAGUUGCCAUUGUAUUAGUUGUUAUUCUAGUCAUUAAAUUAAGUUAGCGACUCUAGCCUUUGCGCGGAUCUCACUGAUGAAAAGGGUUGUCUCAAUCUGUCUCGAAUGUCAUUUGAAAGUAGUUUCUUCAAGAAUUGUCUCAUUUUGCCCGUUUCUAUAUUGGAAAUAACGUAACAGAAGGGAGGAGAGUAUAGAGACUUAUUUUAUAUCUGCUUACGAAUGGAAUUAUCUCUUGUAUUUUUGGAGAUGUUAGCCAUUUUGAAAUUUUAUAAAACAGUAUUUAAUAAUUUCAUCUAUAAAUUUUUAUAGGCUUUUUUAUUCUGUUUUUUUACACACUCUAGCUGAAUUACAAUUCAGUUAUCGCUAAAUAAAAUAUUGAAGCAUCAGUAAAGGUUAAUAAUAUCUUUACCAUUUCUCACAUGCCUAUCUUGUAAUAAACGAUAGUUUAUUACAUUAUUUAAAUACGAAAAAUUUCAUAUUUUUAGGAGAAGAAAUUCUAUCUGAUUUAUUAUAAGCAUUACUUUAAUAUCACGUGUGAAAAAAUUUUUAUGUCGAAUGCUUUAAAUAUGAUGAUACAAAUAUUCAUGUCGAAAUAUAUCAUAAAGAAAUUUGUUAAUAUCGGUUUAUAGUUCAAAAACAUGUAUUGUUGAUACUACGUACUACUUGACUGAUGUGUUUUCUCAGAAAAAUCUAUCUAGAUAUGUUUAAAAUUGUAUAAAAGAAUUUAUGUUCUAUACAAAAAUAUUUGUAAACAAAUUCAUAAAUAGGCAGAAAAUAUUAGAAUUUUAUAUACACGCGAUACAGCUAUACAAAUAAGAUAUCAUCUAUUGUCACUAUAUGGAGGAAAAUGAUAUAAGACGGUAUAUAUAAUCAUACAAUCAAACUGAUACGAAUUUUUACGUACAUACAUAUUUUAGUCGCAUUUGUAUUAAAUAUAUCAUUUUCAUAUAUUGGCUCGAAUUACCAAUCACAAUAAAUCAAUAUUAUUGCAUUACAUCUAGAGUACUAAUCGUAAUUAAUGAAUGCAAAUAAAAUGAGUCAAAUUAGGUAGAAGGAACUGUAAUUAGCUUUAUAAUUGGCAUAUAAUUAAUUAAAAAAGUACUCUAUUGACAACUCUUGUAAUAAAAUUGUAUUGAUUGAUUUGGUUAAUGAUAGUCAAUAUUUAUAUUGCGCGUUUUCUGAAUAAUGUAAAUUGUGUGUACUUUGUUAUACACUCCAACUCGAAUUUUUAUCCUAUUUAAUGGAACUUCCUUUUGAUUCAGUAUUUCUCGAAAAAACUGUGCAGAUGCCAAUUAACCCUUUAAAUAAUGAUUUUUAUUUUAUGUACAUUAUAUCAAAUGCAAAUUGCAAAAAUUAUAAAAAAAGACAUUGUAUUGAAUUCAUGAUGAAAAAUCGAAAAAAUAAUUUUUAAGAAAUAUAGCACAACAUAAAAUAUUAACAUACAUACGUAUUAAAUUUCCUUUAAGAUUUGGGAUAUCAUCGCGCUACAAAUUAAUUAAUCAUUGCUUCUUUAUAAUUAUAUUGUUAGAGAUGCCGCCUACAUUUAAAAUGAUAUAUUAUCAGACAAAGAAUAUACUUGAUUGAGACAGCCACUUUCUUACGUUUACUCGAUUCUGAUAUGAUUAUUAGGCAUUCCGGAUCUUAAAAAUCCAACAUAUAAUUAUUAAGAUUGUAAUCUGAAUAUUGUAUAUACAACUAAUCGUUAACAUCAUUAAAAUAAAUAGUGCUAUGAUAUUGAUAUCGA